CUUGCAUUCUGUCACCCUGGUCCAAUCGUCAAUCUAUCUCGUGCGAAUAAUGGAUCUAUCUGCUUCCAAACCAAUGACCCUGCGCCGAGCCUGCCAAGCUUGCGCCCGAGGGAAACGCCGCUGCGACCAGCGCUGGCCGCGUUGCAGCAGGUGCCAGACGCGGCGAAUCAACUGUGAAUACGCCAAUGUGCCUCUGACGACGGAGUCACCAUCAUUCCUGCCAGCCAAUGCAGGGGCUGCUCCCUCCAUACCGCGACCCCUGCGGAUGGAGAUCGUCAAGGGCUACGAGCAGCGGAUCAUCUCGCUUCUGGUAACCGGAGUAUCCUCUCUGCCGCUGCUCUUUGCAGAAAACAUGAAAACCCACUUCAUCCACCCCGAGCUCUGGCCUGGCAAGCUGGCCCCACCACCGAUCCAGGACGUCCACGCCAUCUGCCAGCUCUAUUCCCACUCUAACAACACCGCUAUGCUCCUCCCACUACUACGACAGACACUGGCAUAUUACCACAGGCGAAUAUCAAACCCUAUCGAUUUCGAAGGUCUUCUCGCCUCCGCCCAGGCUUUACUCCUUAUCCAAUGCAUGCUCAUCGGCAUGGAGAACCCCUCCAUUCCUUACUCUGAAGCAAACCACGCACUGUUACUCGCUGUUAGCCACAGGCUAUGGCAACAAGCUCCGAUCCAACUGCCCAGCACGCUCAGUCCCCGACGCGCGUGGAUCCUUGCUGAAAGCGUGCGCCGCACGAUCAUUGUUGGCUUCAUGUUACGAAGUGUGUACUCACUCAAGAAGAGAAAUUACUCUGUACGCACGCCGUUCGUGGACUCCCUUCCGUUUGAUAUCCGUACGUCACUAUGGGAUGAAACUGAAAACAGUGCUGCCGAUGGGAUGGGGAGUCCGGCUGACUCGAUUGUGUCCCUUCAUCAGUACUCGGGCAUGUUGGAGAACGGUCUAGUUCAUGGGAUUCCCCCGUUCGGAGGGUUAAUCCUUGCAGCUUGUAGAGGGAAGGCGGUUGAGGAUAUCCCGUAUCCUUCUGUGAAUUCUCUCUAGCAUGGCUAUUUGAUAGAAUGGCCCCGUCAGAAACCCAGACUUGUACCGUAUAUUUGCAGCAUCGCUGGGUUUAUAAUGGAGAUGUGCUUAGGUGCGAUUUGGAGAGAGUCCCCAUACUGUGUGCAAAUCAAGCAGUCUGCGACCUCUGCCCUUGUCAGCAUUGCAGGACUAUCCAGACAGGAGAUACUUGGCGAGUAGAGGACCUGGAUAACCUCGCAGGCGAGGCUAGAGGGGUAUAAACAAGGCAGUUAUACACGAGCCGGCCAGAUGCAUGCUUGAGUACUGCAGCACUCGCCUCUCGAAGAAAGCAGGUGCCCUCUAUAAAUAAUUACGAAUACACAUAUUAUAACUAUUAUAGAUUU